UUCAUGUUGUGGUUUUUCGUCGUAAAAGUUGCCAAACAAAAUAGGAGGGAAAUAUCAAAAUAACAUGAAAAUUUCAGUUAAUUUAUUUCCACGCGUGCAAUUUCUUUAAUGUUUACAAGUGUUUGAGAACUGAAUUUAAUUGAAAUGGAAGAAUUGCGGUCUAAACACAAGACUAUACAGAGCGCAGCUCACCACAUCGCCCUGGAGUGCAUUCAUCCUCAGUCGGUACACGGCUCCCCGUACCACGUGCACCCUUACCCCUCCCCAGUUCGUCUCCAGCAUGCCUUCCAGAGCCAGAACAGUCCGAAGAUGUUUCACCCGAAAGGGCUUAAGCCACACCUUGAUGGGAGAGCAUACGGCACGCCCACCGAAAGCCCAAUACUGGGCAGGGCGCUGUGCCUCACUCCCCGAGGCAGCCCCAUCCCAGGGCGGGUGUCGCAUCUCAACGAGAAGUUCCAGGAUUCGCUCACACUUAACUCCGAUACCGACGCCCUUGUGGCGAAGAUCAGCGCCAUGUUCCCGACUGUCAGCGAGACGCAUAUCAAGAUCUUAUUGAAGAAGUACUACAACCGAGAAGCAGUGGUGAUAAGCGCCCUGCAGGUGGAGAAGCACCCUAUUACGACACCGGGCCCGCUGACGAUGUCACCGUCGGCCGCGCGCCUUCAGCGAGGCGCCGUGGGCGUGUACUCGGCGCUGCAGCUGGCCAAGGGCGUCUCGGGCUCCAUGCAAGGCUCCAGCCACUACUCGCCGCUCACCGGCAGCCCGCACGCCCGCACGGUGAGACAGUGUGACGUCACAGCGUGCCUGCAGCGAGGCGCCGUGGGCGUUUACUCGGCGCUGCAGCUGGCCAAGGGCGUCUCGGGCUCCAUGCAGGGCUCCAGCCACUACUCGCCGCUCACCGGCAGCCCGCACGCCCGCACGGUGAGACAGUGUGACGUCACAGCGUGCCUGCAGCGAGGCGCCGUGGGCGUGUACUCGGCGCUGCAGCUGGCCAAGGGCGUCUCGGGCUCCAUGCAGGGCUCCAGCCACUACUCGCCGCUCACCGGCAGCCCGCACGCCCGCACGGUGAGACAGUGUGACGUCACAGCGUGCCUGCAGCGAGGCGCCGUGGGCGUGUACUCGGCGCUGCAGCUGGCCAAGGGCGUCUCGGGCUCCAUGCAGGGCUCCAGCCACUACUCGCCGCUCACCGGCAGCCCGCACGCCCGCACGGUGAGACAGUGUGACGUCACAGCGUGCCUGCAGCGAGGCGCCGUGGGCGUGUACUCGGCGCUGCAGCUGGCCAAGGGCGUCUCGGGCUCCAUGCAGGGCUCCAGCCACUACUCGCCGCUCACCGGCAGCCCGCACGCCCGCACGGUGAGACAGUGUGACGUCACAGCGUGCCUGCAGCGAGGCGCCGUGGGCGUGUACUCGGCGCUGCAGCUGGCCAAGGGCGUCUCGGGCUCCAUGCAGGGCUCCAGCCACUACUCGCCGCUCACCGGCAGCCCGCACGGCUCCCCAUCGCUCCUUCGACCGGCCUCCGGUGCGUCAAGCUACUGCGGCACUUACAAAUCCGACGGCCCGCCGCGACACCAGUCGCCGAAGAUGAAACUCAAGUACCUAAAGAGCAUAUUCCCCAAGGCGGAGGAGACGUUGAUAUUGGACGUACUGGCGAACAAAGACAACAACGUGCAGAAGGCUAGCGAGGAGCUCAUCACGAUGGGCUUCACGAAAAAGGAGACCAUCAUUAAGAAGAAAGAAACGCCCCUCCCGCCGAAGAAGGUCGUCACCAUCAUGAAGACUUUGGAAGAGAAGAAUCAGUUGAAACAGAAGCUCGAGAAGAAAUACAGUUCGAUAGCGGAGCGCGUCAUAUCGCUGGCGCUCGAUAGCGUGGACUACAACGAGGAGCGGGCCGAGCAGAUCCUCAACGCGGUGGUGCAAGAGGAAGAAGCCCCCAAGGUGGCCAAGCCACCGGAGGUCAAGGAAACCAAGCGGCCACCUGCCACCGAACCGAAAAAGGGGCCGAUUCUGAAGUCCAGUACGGGGUCUGACUCGAAGUAUAAGUCGCACUACAGCCUGCCCACGACUGGGCCCAACCCGUCCAUUAGACAAGGGCCCAAAGAUUCCUUGCUAUUAAUGGACUAUAUGCCAUGGAACGGGCCCAACCCGGACUUCCGUGGAGGUCAGAUGGUUAAGGUUGAGGGGCCAGAGCCUGCCUUGAGGGAGAAGGCCUCGUCUCUGGCCCGGGGCCCGUCAGGCCUCGCGAAAGGCCCCGGAGGCCUCGCCAAAGGAUCUAUCUACCAGAAGAUGAGCAAGAAAUCCGCCAAAAUGGGAAGUGAAGCCGAUCCAUCUUCAUCCCGGAGUGUCCCGGUGCCAGCAGUGGUCGAGCUGACGGAAGGGGACCCGAGAUUGGCUCAGAGGGGAAGUGAAGCCGAUCCAUCUUCAUCCCGGAGUGUCCCGGUGCCAGCAGUGGUCGAGCUGACGGAAGGGGACCCGAGAUUGGCUCAGAGAAUCGGUUAA